AUGAGGAUUUCCUUCCACUCCCACUGUGCAAUGGGCAACCUCUCUCUGUGCAGUUACAUCAUUUUCUUUUUUAUGCUCCAUGUUUCUACACUGGAAUCAGUGAAUUUCAAGGUGAUUGGACCUGAUCAUCCCAUCACGGUCUCUGCAGGGGAAGAUGCCCUGUUACCCUGUCACCUCUCCCCCAGCAUGAAUGCUCAGGAGAUGGAGGUGCGCUGGUUCCAAUCCAAGGACUCUGAACUUGUCCAUCUGUAUCAGGAUGGAAAAGAUCAGACUGAGCUGCAAAUAUCAAAAUAUCGGGACAGAACAGAGCUGCUGAAGGACGGUAUUGUGGAUGGAAGAGUUGCCCUGCAUAUACGCAACAUCACCCCCUCUGACCAAGGACAGUUUAUCUGUUUCUUCCGAUCACCCAGCUUUUUUGGGGAAGCCACUCUGGAACUGAAGGUGACAGUUAUUGUAACAGAAACUUCCAGUCAGGAUCUGUCCUGCUCUGUCAGCAACUCCCACCUCAACCAAGGGAAAGAAUCCAUGGUCUACAUCGCAGAUUCUUUCUUCCUGGGGGCCUGCCCCUGGAAUGUGGCUGUGUACAUACUCCUGGUUGCUUUGGGUUUGCUCAUUUUCAUGGCCAGCUACUUCUUCUGGAAGCAACACAAGGCAAAAGGGAAACUUGUUGCGGAUCUUGAGAAACAUCUUGCAGAAAAAGAGAAGCUCCAGAAUGAACUUCAAUUGAGAAGAGUUCAAAUAUAUCAAGCCAGCGUGAUUCUGGAUCCAGUCACUGCUCAUCCUGAUCUCAUCCUGUCUGAGGAUCAGACAUGUGUAACAAAAGGAGAUACAACACAGAAUGUGCCAGACAAUCCUGAGAGAUUUGAUUCUUCUGUGUGUGUCCUGGGUUCUGAAGGUUUCACAUCAGGGAUACAUUACUGGGAGAUGGAAGUGGGGAAUGGUGGUGACUGGUGGGCUGUAGGGGUUGCCAGAGAGUCUAUAAAGAGGAAGGGAUGGCUCAAUUUUAGCCCAGUGGAGAAGAUCUGGGCUGUGGAGUGUGACUGGGGUAAAUACCAGGCUCUUGACUCCUCUGUGAUCCAUUUGCCUCUGAAUGAGCGACUUGGGAAAAUUGGGGUUUCUCUGGACUUUAAAGAGCGCCAUGUAGCAUUUUAUGAUAUUGAUAACAUGGUGCCAAUAUACACUUUCAAAGAGGUCUCUUUCUCUGAUGAGAAAAUCUUUCCUUUCUUCUGUAUCUGGAGAACUCCAGGAAAAUAUAUCAAACUGUGUGACCGAGAAAAGAGUUAG